CUAAAUGAUUUAAGAACAAAACAGAGUAAUCUACAUCAUGUCUGAAAGACCAAUUUGCAUUGCUGAUUUUGAACAGUAUGCUAAGAAAUUUCUUCAAAAAUCUGUGUAUGAUUACUAUAAGUCUGGGGCUGAUGAUCAACAGACAUUAGCUGAAAAUGUAGCAGCAUUUUCAAGAUUAAAACUAUAUCCCCGGAUGUUGAAAAAUGUGUCAACCCUGGACCUGUCAACCUGUAUCUUGGGUGAGAGAAUCAGUAUGCCAAUCUGCGUUGCAGCAACAGCCAUGCAGUGCAUGGCUCAUGCAGAUGGAGAAAUUGCAACUGCUAGAGCUUGUAGAUCAAGGGGAACGGGGAUGAUGCUGAGUUCAUGGUCCACUACAUCUAUAGAAGAAGUUGCUCAGGCAGCUCCAGAGACAAUUCUCUGGCUGCAGCUCUAUAUCUAUAAGGACCGGGAUGUCACAAAGUCCUUAGUGCGUCGGGCAGAAAAAGCUGGAUACAGAGGCAUUUUUGUGACCGUGGACACCCCAUAUCUUGGAAAACGCUUAGAUGAUGUACGCAACAAGUUUCGUCUGUCUCCCCAUCUCAGAAUGAAAAAUUUUGAGACAAAUGAUCUGGCAUUUUCAUCUGAGAAGGGUUACGGUGAAAACAGUGGUCUGUCAGUUUAUGUAGCAGAGGCAAUUGAUCCAUCAAUCAGCUGGGAUGAUUUGAAAUGGCUCAGAGGACUGACUUCAUUGCCCAUUGUUGCUAAAGGAAUCCUCCGAGCUGAUGAUGCUGGAGAAGCAGUAAAGCUUGGCGUAAACGGGAUUCUGGUGUCGAAUCAUGGCGCACGUCAGUUGGAUGGGGUUCCAGCUACUAUUGAGGUCCUGCCUGAAAUAAUAGAUGCUGUGGAAGGGAAGACUGAAGUGUUCCUAGAUGGUGGAAUAAGAAAAGGCACAGAUGUUCUCAAGGCCCUUGCUCUUGGAGCCAAAGCAGUCUUUGUAGGAAGGCCUAUAAUCUGGGGUCUUGCCUACCAGGGUGAAGAAGGUGUGAAGGAAGUUCUUCAGAUAUUGAAAGAAGAGUUCAAAUUAGCAAUGGCACUCUCUGGUUGCCCAAGUGUACAAGCAAUAGACAGAACAUUGGUACGGAGAGUUCAGUGGGCAGCUUCCAAGAUGUAGCUGCAAUUGUUACAUGAACCCCGACUGGUUGCAUAUUUGUUGUUACUUAUCAGGAAUUUGGAAUUAAAAAUAAAUGAAAACUUCCAGGACAAGUUUUAGUUGGAACUUCCUAAGCUGUUUCUUUGGCAAAUAUACCAAAUAUAUCAAUCUCUUUUUAAUG